AUGUGUGUGUUAUAUAAAUUCGUCGUAACAGUUGCGCGCUACGUAUCAGUCAUCGCUUGUGUGGUUUCCAGAAUGUCCCAAGUUGGUGAUCCAUCUUCCAAUUCUAAUUCAAACAAUCACGUUACGGAAAAAUUGAAUAUUGACUGGAAAAUAAAUUUCAAUACUCAAACAAUCAGAGGCUCAGUAAAUCUUUUUCUGAAGAAAGUGUGCUCAAGCGACUUGAACCCAAACAUUCUUCUUGAUACGAAAAAUUUAAACAUCCUCUCUGUACACAUAAAUUCUCAACCGGCGAAAUGGCAUCUGAGUCCAACUUCUUCACAAAUAUUUGGCUCCAGUUUAGAAAUUGUGCCUAAUACUUCUACGAAUAGCUUUGAUGUUAAAAUCGAUUAUGAAACUUCACCGAACUCCUCUGCUCUUCAGUGGUUAACGCCACAACUCACAGCUGAUCGUCGUCAACCAUUUAUGUUCAGCCAGUGUCAAGCUAUUCAUGCUCGCAGUCUUCUUCCUUGUCAGGAUACUCCAGUUGUGAAGUGUCCUUUUGAAGCUAAGGUAACUGCUCCAAAAGAAACCGUUGUUAUAAUGGGCGCAAAACGUAUUUCAGAGCCAAAGGCUACCGACGAUGGACACAUCACUUAUCAUUUUCAACAAAAUGUUCCUGUUCCCAGUUAUUUGAUUGCUAUUGCUUGUGGUGAUCUAGCUUGCAGAAAAAUUGGUCCACGUUCAUCUGUUUGGGCUGAACCUAGUAUAGUAGAUAAAGCAGCUUAUGAAUUCAGUGAAACAGAACAAAUGAUUUCAGCUGCUGAAAAUAUUUGUGGACCAUAUCAAUGGGGUUUAUAUGAUAUCCUGGUACUUCCACCAACAUUUCCUUAUGGUGGAAUGGAAAAUCCAUGCCUGACAUUUGUUUCACCAACAAUAUUGGCCGGUGAUCGCUCGUUAGCUAAUGUUAUAGCUCAUGAAAUCGCUCACUCAUGGACUGGUAAUCUAGUAACAAAUUCAACUUGGGAACAUUUUUGGUUGAAUGAAGGGCAUACAAUGUAUUUGGAACGUUUAAUCAUCGAAAGUCUAUACGGUUCGCAUAUGAGACAUCUUCAUUUAAGCUUAGGUUAUAGUGAACUUAAAGAAGAAAUCAAUAGACUAGGUGAAUUACACCCGUUUACGAAGCUUGUUACAAACUUAGAAGGCGUUGAUCCAGAUGAAUCAUACAAUCGAAUUCCAUAUGAAAAAGGAUGUCUUUUACUUUACUACUUAGAAACUUUAUAUGGAAAAGAAAAAAUGCUCAACUGGUUAAAGUCAUAUGUGAAACAAUUUUCUGGCUCAUCGUUGAAUUCUGACAGUUGGUUAAAGUUUUUCUCCUCUCAGAUAGACUCGAAGCUACUUGAUCCAAACAAUGAAAUACAUGUAUGGAUGCAUAGUCCAGGUCUACCUACAUGGGUACCAAAAUUCGAUGCUGAUGACCUGUUUGCUGAAUGCGACAAUUUGCUUAAAUUAUUCACUGCACACGAUCUACAUUCAGAUAAUACAAAAAUACAAAGUUUAACUAACCUGUGGAAUAAAUUGUCCCAUAUACAAAGGGAAUUAACUCUACGUAAUGUGGUUGAAGCUGAACCAGUAGAAAUCAAUAAUUUAUGCAAAAUUGAUGAAGUUUUAAAACUAUCUAAACAGCAAAAUGCUGAAAUACGAUCACAGUGGUGCCUAAUCUGUAUACGUUCCCGUCACUUGCCUUCAUUAGACCACAUCUUUGAGUUUCUGAAUAGUCAAGGUCGUAUGAGGUAUACCCGUGCAAUAUAUCGUGCAUUGGUUAAAUGGCCGGAGGCUAAGGAGCGUACAAUAUCCAAUUUUCGCCAACAACGUCCAUUUAUGCACCAGACAACUGCAAUGCAAGUUGAAAUUGAUCUAGGACUUCAAGAAAAGGGGACAGCUGCGUGUACCACCUAAAAUUUACCAGACUUCCAGAUAUCAUGUGAUUCAUUUUGGUGUUUUAUGUGUGUGUAUUCAU